AUGGCGCGCAAUGGCGUCACAUAUUCCUUGUUCAGAGGGGCCAUGGACCCAUCGGACCCGGACCAUGUGACGGAAGAGGUGGACGGUAAGAGAAUAGGACUUGGGUUAGAUGGUGGUACCGGACAAAGACUUCGUACACGCAGAAAUAGGCUCUCGAAGGCGGCGCAAAAUGGCUCGACGGCUGAUGUGGUUUUUGCACGAACCGACUUCGAGGACCUUCGAGCCUCUGUCCAGCAGCUAGGGGAACAGAUGAACACUAUGGCGGAUGCACUGCGCCAGGUGCUUGGAGCAGGUACCACCGCUACAAUACCUAUCACACUUGAUCUGCCAAUCACGGACAGCCACGAGAAACCGGCGAUCCGUGAAAGAAUGAAGAAACAAAAAGUGACGCCAGAUGUCGUUUACUCAGCCGAGGUGUAUCCUCACGAUGCUUCUCAUCACUCGAAGAUCAGGACACCAAAAAUGAUCAAAAGCAUAUCACCACUUCGUGCCAGGCAGAGUCGUAAACACGAGAAGCGGACGAAGCAACUGGAAGAUGCCUAUGCUACUGGUGAUUUGCCUGUGUUUGAAGUCCACAAGUACGUCUCCGGUGCGAAACGCAGGCGCUUUGGAUCACGUGUCGUGGGCGUUACCAGAAGUAGCUCGAGCAGCUCGGACACCGAUCUAAGUCCCUACAGGGAUCGUUUCGAUGACAUUUUAGAACCUUAUGCCAAAAAUUUCGACGGCCCGUUCGAGAUCGUGCAAGAGGCGGGAACACUUCUCCGUAUAUACUCACCUCACAUCAUGCGAGCGAUCGAGGCGAUAGCCGGGCAUUUCCCGGGAAUUGCUCGGGACAGUCAAUCACUGGUGGUACCCGAGCCGUUUUGUGCAUUGUUGUACUUUCGUGAUGAGCUAAUGACGGGGGAGCCCGUCGAUCUGGCCUGCCAAGAUCAUCACCGAAUGGAAAAUGGCGACCAUGAUUCAGACGCGUCGGAUUCGGACGCCCCGUCCUCGGAAGAUGAGGUGCAGACACGUGAAGAUGCAAUCUCUCAUAUGAAGAUUUUGUACUCUUUCAUCGACGCCCAGUGUCUCUCAGAUAUGCAACGUGAGAAGUCACGGUGGCAGCGUGAGAUCCCGGUGUGCACCUUCGAAUGGUUAUGGCUAUUGUUUCCCCCACAAGAGCUAGUGUAUGAGGGACGGUCCGCCGGGACGAUAGAGAUGCAAGCAUAUCAAGUCAAGAGCUUCUCUCUUGAAGGACCGUUCAAAUACGACGAUGACGACAAGCCGGUCGUGAAUCCAAAGCGUUUGAGACCCAUAGAUAAGUUGUCCACGGGUCACUCGAUCAAAAGAGUGAACAUCCGUGUGACUUAUCGUACCCACGACGGCCGCAAAGCCACGCUGAGAUCGAAACUCUUUGUGGUCUAUCCUUUCAAGGGCGAAAAGUGUAUCCACGACCUCGAGAUCUAUCCAUCCAAAUUUCUGAAGGACCCAGACGGAAGUACUCGAGAUCGGCUAAUUCAGCGUGGCCGCCGAUACCAAAGCUUAGCAUCACGAGGCCAGUUUGACUAUCAUGGUGAGACCUUUUCUGGUGUUCGCCGCCGUUUAGAUACGAGAAUCAUCGUCGAUUCGGAGACGUACUUCUACGCGCACAAAGCAACCAACGUAGAACCGAAGACCGGGCAAGAAGACUCCUCGCUCGACUCGCGAGGCCGACCAUUCCCGGAACCGAUAGAUGCAGAUCGGGAUUACGAGGACAGUUAUUCGGAUGAUAUUUAUAGAUACCCUGGUCGAAAGCCGGAUCGGUGGCGCGGCAGGGCAACUAAAAGCUUCCAGUCUACAGCAACAUCAAAGAGAUUAAAGUUGUCCGCUACAGAGGAACUCCCCGAUGAGCAGUACAUCAUAUGUCCGCCCACCAUUCAAGCCUACAUUUUGAAAGAACGUCUUUGGGAACUCCUCGCGGUAGAAUCGAUAUCCGAAUGUGUCUACAACGAGCGCCUUCUCGACGAACUACAAAUAUCAAACGAAGCUCGUCGCCUAGUUCAAGCAUUGUCUCACAAUUACGCAAUCACGUCCAAAAGCUCGGAUGCCCCGGAACACGCAAAGGAAGACCAACAAGGCCCGUGGAGCUCGGAUUUUGUACCGAAUAAAGGAGGAGGCCAGAUCAUCCUCCUUCACGGUAAGCCUGGCGUAGGAAAAACCACCACCGCCGAAUGCAUAGCGGAGCUCAGUCAUCGGCCUCUACUUACAAUCACCUGCGGAGAUCUUGGAACAUAUGCUUACGAUAUUCAACGGGGGCUUGAACGCUGGCUCCACCUCGGAACGCUCUGGAAUGGUGUUCUCCUUUUCGAUGAAGCUGAUGUAUUCCUGGAAUCGCGCACUCACGGGGAUAUCGAGCGCAAUAGCAUUGUUUCUGUCUUCUUGAGAGCGAUCGAGUAUCACACGGGCCUCAUGUUCUUGACCACGAAUCGCAUUGGCAGCUUCGAUGAGGCCGUCUUGUCACGUAUCCAUGCUGUCUUGCAUCUACCGAACCUGACCACGGAUAAUCGCCGGGAAAUCUGGGAUACCAGCUUCAGGAAGCUUGCGGAAGAAAGACCAAACAUCAAGGUUGAUUUCACACUGAUGAACUAUGCCUACAAUGACGAAAAUAUUCGCCAAUUGAACUGGAAUGGGAGAGAAAUCCGAAAUGCUUUCAAUACCAUGAUAGCGCUCGCCGAAUGGGAUGCGCAGCAUAACGACAAGUACACGAAGGAGGGAAAGGUGCUGGUUACUAGACUUCAUCUGGAAGAGGUCGCCACCAUGAGCGGAACGUUCAAGCGCUACUUGGAGGAACUGAGAGGUAUGACGGAUGACGACCAUAUGAGAAGUCAGGGUAUUAGAGGUACAUGA